CCCCUUUUCUAACCUAAAUCUUAUUUUGUUCCCCCCAAAUUGUACCAGGCGACACCCACUCCUCCAUUCACCACCCACCCUUCAUCCUACGGCGGUAGGUCGUGGCAAACCAUCACCAGCCACUACUCCCUCUCUAUGUCUCUGUAUUAUAUGUGCUUCCACCACCACGCCCCCCUUCUCUCCACCGUUAUGGAUAAUCAAGAACCUAGGGAAUAUUUUUCGGCAACCGUAACUAUGAAGAAUAAUUUAAGGGUAUUCAAAAACAUCAAAGAGAAACUUACGCCUACCCAGAAAAAGUUGUUUGACACUACGUGUUUCGGACCAUGGUUGCAAGUGCAACACCUAAAUGGAGAUCCUUUGUUGUGUCAUUUAAUUUUGCAAGGCAUGAUAGAUGAUGUACCACCCAAGGAAUUGGCAUGGCACCCUUAUGUGGUUUCAUUUUCCUCCGGCAUAUACUCGUUUUGGCCGUGAAGAGUUUUGUCUCGUCACAGGUCUACGAUUUGGACGACAUGACACAUUUAGUUUUUACACCAAACAUACCCCCAAAGCAUUAUGGCCUGAGAAAGUUUUUACUAACUUAGGAGAUGUUAAAAAAGUGAAAGUCAUUGAUUUGAAAAGAUCAUUCGACAAACUUGAUUUUAAAAAGAUGAAUGACAUUGAUGUUGUCCGGCUAUGCCUUUUGUAUGCUGUUGAUGUUGGUUUUCUUGGAAGACAAGACUCUUAGCCUAUUUCUAAGGAUUUGUUAUUGUUGGCGGAGAAUCUAGAUGCAUGGAACUUGUUUCCAUGGGGCUCAUAUAUAUGGGAAGUUACUCGGAAACAAUUAUCCACGGCUAUCGUCAAGCGUCCGCAUGUGCAUCAAAAUGGAGUCAAAUACACUUUGUCAGGAUUUGUUUGGGCGUUUAAGAUAUGGAUACUUGAGGCAUUUCCUAGUAUGCGUUCUUUUACUGUGAAGAUAUCAUCCGUAGACAUUCCAAGGGCUAUUACUUGGAGGAGGAAGAAACUAUUGAAUUGGACUGAGUUAGUAACCCACGGGACGAUCAUUGGUGAUGCAAAUAUCCCGUUGCAAACAUUGACACCCACCGAGGCCGAGGCUGCCACCGAUUGGUGGCAAGCCAACCGACGUUUUUUCGAUGGGAUGGAUGAUGAAGAUUUAGAGGUAGUUCAAAAUGGAGAUUGUGCUUUAGAUGACUCCCCACAACGACACUGCGAGAAAUCACCUUAUCGGGACAGUUCUCAUUUUCGUGAAGAUCAAUCACCUCAAAAGUGCCAUUUUCCAUCGUCUCCAAGAAAAAAGCCGCGUAUACAUUUAUCUCCUUGUUCUCCUCCUUUUCAGAAUGAUUCUGCCACUGUUCAGGAGUUAAAUACUCUAUGAGAUGAAAUGAAAGAACUCCGUGAUAUUGUUUCGCCCUUGCAAAAGGAGGUGCUCCUGCUAAGAGAAAAAGUUGCAUCCUUGCAAGAAGAGGUGCGAGUUUUACACGCCGAGAGGCCCGAUGAUAUUUUGCAUGAUGAUAACUAUUAUUCUGAGCCUGACCAGCCAUCUGCACUAGGUGUAAGACGAGGUUCACGUGUCAGACAUCUUGGAACUGCCUACAAGUCUCCUUACACGGCUCCUGGUCCAAGACCAUAUCAGCCUAAUCCGCCUUCUCUUAUUGUUCAGGCUAUUCAUACACCGGUUAUUAGCAAACUUGUACCUCAGAAGAAAACAAGAAGCAAAUCUCUUGUUGAUAAACAACCUCAGAAGAAAAAAAGUAGCAAAUGUCUUGUUGAUAAACAACCUGAGAAUAAACCUAAUCCGUCUCCUCCUAUCGUUGAGGAGGGUGAGGCUACUCAUGCACAAGCUCCUGUUAGCAUGCCUCUGCAACACCAGAAGAAGAAAAAACUCAAGAGUCUUAUUGAUAAACCACCCAUGGUGAAACCUAUGUUGGACCUAAUGUGGCUUUCAUAUAAGUUACCUCCCAGUACCAUUCCUCCCAAGUGCAAACUCCCAGCCACAGUUAAGGAUAAUUCCGCUUGGGCUACGACUGCAGUUGAUUUUUACCUUCAUGAGCGGGGCCAGGGGUGCUAUGUGGAUCUAUGCCGAAUCAAAAAAACAUAUUUGCUUCUUGAGCGGUCUUGGUGGGGUAUUUUAUUAGGGGUCAAAAGCAAUGGCUAUCUUGAGGAUUGGCAUGUUGAUGCAUGGAUGAAAAAACUGGUGAUUAUGCGGAAACGUGGGAAUUAUGGGGAAGUGGAAGAGAGGCGAUCGACUAUCAUGCCUUCAUCUUUUAGUAAAGUUGAAUUGGAGAUGCUGUCACGUAGCUCAUAUCAAUAUGAUAAUGGAGAAAAUGGGAUUCAUCCUAAAUGGUGGGAAAUUGACAAGGUGUAUAUCCCCAUCUGCUCACAUAAUCACUGGUUUCUUGUUGAGCUUCGACUCCCGUCAUUGGAGGCGGUGGCAUAUGAUAGCAUGUUUAAGUACAUAUCUAAUGGUGUAUUGGAGAAUUUAUGUACUAGAUGGACAAAUCUUCUCCCUAAGUUCUUAGAUAAUCUUUCAUAUUGGAAAAGAUCUGGAAACAAGAAGCCCAAAGAGUUUAAGUUUACAAUCCAUAAAAUUGAGACAGCGCCACAACAAGCAAAAAUAACAAGAGGAGAUUGUGGUGUAUCUGUAUGUAUGUAGAUGGAAAGGGUCGCGAAAGACAUGGAUUUUAAUCUUCCGGGAUAUUUAGAUAAAGAAGCAUUUGGACUGUUUUACCGACAUUAUAUGGCUCGAGAGAUAUAUGCAAGGCGUGUCCUAGAAGAAGACCAAUAGAGCAACACGGAAGACAUCAUCUAUAAGGUACAUUGUAUAUAGGCUGUUUUUUGAGAAGUUUUUUGGUGGUUUCGGACAGCAAGUAGGCUGAUUUUUUGAGCAGCUUCUGGUGGUUGCAGCACUGUUAGAUAGGCUAGGACAGGUCUUAAUCUACUAUAGUGGCUGCACAUAGAUGAUGGUGUAUGAUGAAGUUAGAGACUUUCAGAAUGGUGAAAGCG